GCCUGCGCGGGCGGAAGACGGGGACGGCGCCGUGACGCGCCUCGCGGGCAGUCCUCGGGAGCGCGCCGCUCUUCUACCCUUGGGUCUAGGAAGUCGGUGUUAGUGAUCUGUACCGGCAGCGACGAGCGGAUCCUUGGGCUGAGAAAAUUCCUACAAAAUGUCUCUCUACCCAUCUCUUGAAGAUUUGAAGGUAGACAAAGUAAUUCAGGCUCAAGCUGCCUUUUCUGCAAACCCUGCCAACCCAGCAAUUUUGUCUGAAGCUUCUGCGCCCAUCUCUCAAGAUGGAAAUCUCUACCCUAAACUGUAUCCGGAGCUUUCCCAAUAUAUGGGACUGAGUUUAAGUGAAGAAGAAAUAUGUACAAAUAUGGCCAUGGUUCCUGGAGCACCAAUUCAGGGGCAGUUGGUAGCACGACCUUCCAGUAUGAACUAUAUGGUGGCUCCUGUAACAGGCAAUGACGUUGGAAUUCGUAGAGCAGAAAUUAAGCAAGGGAUUCGUGAAGUCAUUUUGUGUAAAGAUCAAGAUGGAAAAAUUGGGCUGAGGCUUAAAUCAAUAGAUAAUGGUAUAUUUGUUCAGUUAGUCCAGGCUAAUUCUCCAGCCUCAUUGGUUGGUCUGAGAUUUGGGGACCAAGUGCUCCAGAUCAAUGGUGAAAACUGUGCAGGCUGGAGCUCUGAUAAAGCACACAAGGUACUCAAACAGGCUUUUGGAGAGAAGAUUACUAUGACCAUUCGUGACAGGCCCUUUGAACGGACAAUUACUAUGCAUAAGGAUAGUAGUGGACAUGUUGGUUUCAUCUUUAAAAAUGGAAAGAUAACAUCCAUUGUGAAAGAUAGUUCUGCAGCCAGAAACGGUCUUCUCACUGAACAUAACAUCUGUGAAAUCAAUGGACAGAAUGUCAUUGGAUUGAAGGAUUCUCAAAUUGCAGACAUACUAUCAACAUCUGGGACUGUUGUUACCAUUACAAUCAUGCCCGCUUUUGUCUUUGAACACAUUAUUAAACGGAUGGCACCAAGCAUUAUGAAAAGCCUGAUGGAUCACACCAUUCCCGAGGUUUAAAAGUCAUGCACAACGUAAAUAGAGCUGAACAUCUUCAGUUUCCUUCUUCGGCAACUUCUGCAUUAUGCACAUGAAGCUUUCCUGGAGCCAGGGAGCAUAUGCUGCAUGAGGACCUUUCUAGUUUACAUCAUGGCUGGGAAUCCUACUGUUUUGUCUGAUAUCUUCUUCAGAUUUCAAAAUAGUUGUAGCCUUAUCCUGGAUUUACAGAUGUGAAACUUUCAAAAGAUUUGUUGACUUUCCUAGAAUAGUUUCUGUACUGGAAACCUGAUGCAUUUAUAAGCCAUUGUGAUUAGGAUGACUGAUGCAGGCUUAGCUAUGUGUGAGAACCAGUCACCUUUCUCCUAGGUAAUGCAUAGUUUGGUUCGUGUUACUUUAGUUCUAUGGUAUAUUUGCAUUUUUAAUAGAUUACCCAUAUUCAUUUCGGAUGACUGCCUUUAAUAGUUUUUAUUUUUUAAGUUCUGUGUGUGUGUGUAAAAUGCCAAUUAAGUAAUACUGAUUUCAUUCCGUGAGCAUUAUACAGUAUAUAUACGUUGCAAGAGAUUGUGAUGAUUGUCAUUAAAUCUUAACUACCUUCACUUACUGUGCUUCAGCUGUCGCCUUAACUCUGUUAAGCAUCUAGAAUGAAAGCCAAAAUACAAUUAUUGCUGCCUUUCUAAAAUCCAGAAUGUUAGUUCUAUAUUAAACUGAAAUGUACACUAGCGCAGAACAUUUUAAUGGUACUUAUUGAGCUAUAGCAUAGCUGCUUAGUUGUACUUUGAAACUUUUGUAGUCAUUGCAUAAUGGAAACUUCUUCUAAAAGUUGCCAGUACCACUUUCUGAAAAACAAAUCACUAUAUAUUUAAUGCAAACUUCUUAUACUAAACAGGAUAACCUGUCCCUUUUUUUCAUUUGUAGAUCAGGUGGGAUAAUAUUUAAUUUUGGCAUUUGAAUCCUAACAUUAUAUAACCUAGCUCCUUUGGGAUGGUCUUAGAAUGUUUUCUUAGUAAUGUGCUUCAUUUCCUCAUUACUCACUGUAAACAAAAUGGCAGUAACACUUUAUCCUGAUUUUUUUCUUUUUGGUUUAUGCCUAUCCUGUUUUAAUUAAAUGUGUAUGAAGUCACAUUUUAGUCUGUUAUUGUAUCAUUUGGGAACUUUGGUAGUCACCACACUUGUGCAUGACCUUGAAGGAGGACUUGUGAACUUUGCCUCUGGCUAUGGAAGACAGUCUCCAACUCUCCCUGCCAACAACUGACACCAGGGGCCCUGAGAACAGCUAUUCAAAGCUGAGACAGAGUGUGUGAAAAUAUGUUGCCAGCUGGGAGCUCCAGAUGGCCAGGCCUGAAGGGCCAGCUCACUCUGCACCUCAGGCCAUGCAGCAG